AUGGCCGAUCACGUCGAGAAGAAUGGCCUCCAAGGUCAACUCAAGUACAACCUGUUUGUUGGCGCUUCUUCAGGCGCUGAAACCGGCCUUCAUGACAUUACCAUGACUGAUCUUCCCCCUCGUCGCAAACCUUAUCUGAUCAUGGCUCCCGAGGACCGCGUUGGCACUCCACAUAUCCCUAUUGAUCCCGAACGUGUCGUCGCUAUUGUCGAGUCAGAUUACCCCGACCAGACCCAGCCCAAUGCCCCUGAGGACGACACCAGCAGAGCUAUUGCCAGUAACCUGAUCGAGUUCUUGAGGCACGAAGUCAGCAAAGGACGUCUGCCAGAAAACCUUCUGCCACUUCAAUCUGGUAUUGGAAAUAUUGCCAAGGCCGUCAUUGGUGGUCUCGCCGGUGGAAAUGCCGACUUCAAGAAUCUCAAAGUAUGGACUGAGGUGCUGCAAGACUCUUUCCUCGAUCUCUUUGAUUCAGUAAUUCGCCGCCUCGGCGUUAUCGGCGUGAAUACACCAGUAGAGGUCGACAUCUACGCGCACGCCAACAGCACCUGCGUUCUCGGAUCGCGCAUGUUGGAUNNUCACGGCCUGGGUGGAAGCGCCGAUUUCCUACGCUCAGCCAAAUACUCCAUCAUGCACACUCCCUCCACUCGUCCCAGCAAGACUGACCCGACAGGUGUUUCUUGCAUUAUCCCGAUGUGUACGCAUGUCGACCAAACCGAGCACGAUCUGGAUGUCGUUGUUACAGAGCAAGGCUUCGCCGAUGUCCGUGGUCUGUCUCCUCGCGAACGUGCCCGUGUCAUCAUCAAGAAGUGCGCUCAUCCGGAUUACGUGCCUAUCCUCGAGGACUACUUCAACAAGGCCGAGUUUGAAUGCCUGCGCAAAGGUAUGGGACAUGAGCCUCAUAUGCUGUUCAACUCGUUCGACAUGCAUAAGCAUCUUGUUGACUACGGUACCAUGAAGAUUGACAAGUGGAACUGGUACGGUUAA